AUGUUCUUCCUGUGGUGGCCUUUGGAGAAUAUGCUACUGGUGCCCAUGAUCUUCGUGGUGGCCGGAUUGGUGGCUUUGGUGGAUUGGUGGCUUGCUAUGGUGGCAUGGUGGUGCUUUGGUGGCUUGCUAUGGUGGCAUGGUGGUGCUUUGGUGGCUUGCUAUGGUGGCAUGGUGGUGCUUUGGUGGCUUGCUUCAUGCUCUUGGUGGUUGAAUAUGGUUCUGCCAGGUUCUACUCCAGGCUCUGUGCGUGCUCUACUAUGGUGGCUUCUCUACAUGCUCUUCCUCGUCUUCUACACUGCUCGCCUGGUAAAUCUUCAAAUUUUUUAAAUGAAAAAUCGCAUGCUAUAAAACUGCGCACGCGAAAGACCUCUUCCUUUUUUCACUUUCUUGUUUUAUCGUCCUUGUCUUUAUUGUACUUUGUUUUUUCAAUUUUCUCAAUUUUACGAAAUUUUAGAAAAUUUUAGCUCAACAUGUGUGGCAUUGCAA